UUGAGAGAGGGAGGAGAGACGAAGAAGAACGAAACCAAAGCGGAGUCACCUCCCACCCCUCAUCACCUCCUUUACGCCAUAGUCCCUCUUCCCUUUCUUUCCCAGUUAAGCCGCUGUUUCCUUCUCUAUUAUUUCUUUCUGUUUAGGGAUUAAAGUGGUCUGAGAAAAGAAUGGAUCUUUUUAAUUCUUUUUGUGGGAAAUGACUCUUGGCUUAACUUAGGUGUGCAGUUUUCAGCUGAUUAGUCUUGCAUUUUCUUUUGUGUAAUUACGUGUUUGGGAUUUUAUAUUGAGGUUUUGGAUCUGAAAGUUGGAGAAUUUCAGUGGAUUUUUCAAAUUUGUAGGAUUCUUUGUUUGCGGGGGGUGUUCAGUGGAUUAAUUUUGCUUCUGGUUUUUUCUGUUCAACGAAGAAAUUGGAAAUUUGGUGGAAGUUUUAGAUAUUUGGGAAUCUGAAUUUGAUGGGUGAAGGUGAGGGAAACGAAUUCCCUCCAAAAAAGGCGGCGCAAUCGGACAAGCAGGGGAGCUCGGAUUUCCCUGCGAAGAAGCUAGCGAGGCAGCUGGAUUUCACGCAGGGGAAUGUUGUCCUCCCAGACCACCCUCAAUCGCAGCAGCAGCAGCAGCAGCCUGCUACGCUGCCACUGUCACAGAAGCCGGUUAUCGUCACUCCGCAGAGCCAACUGCAGCAGCAGCCGCAGGUGGUAGCGAUGCCAGCAGCGCCGCCGCCACAGCAGCAUCCGCCUGCCAAGAUUGUGAAGCCAGAAUCCCCAAAAUCAAAACCAAGACCAAACGCUGAAUUGAAAGACAGUACUCCAAAGAGACAAAAACAGUGCAACUGUAAACACUCACGGUGCUUGAAGCUGUACUGUGAAUGCUUUGCAUCUGGAACAUAUUGUGAUGGGUGCAAUUGUGCAAAUUGCUAUAACAAUGUUGAAAAUGAAGGUGCUAGGCGAGAAGCUGUUGAGGCCACUUUGGAGCGCAAUCCAAAUGCAUUCAGGCCGAAAAUUGCUAGCAGUCCUCAUGGAGCACGAGAUAGUCGGGAGGAGAAUUUGGAAGGAUUACUGUUGGGAAAGCACAAUAAGGGAUGUCACUGCAAGAAAUCUGGAUGCCUUAAGAAGUACUGUGAAUGUUUCCAAGCCAACAUUCUUUGUUCUGAAAAUUGCAAAUGCAUGGACUGUAAGAAUUUUGAAGGAAGUGAAGAGAGGCAAGCUCUCUUUCAUGGAGACCACACCAACAAUAUAGCAUACAUUCAACAGGCUGCUAAUGCUGCAAUAACUGGGGCUAUUGGAUCUUCUGGCUAUGCAUCACCUCCAAUAUCCAAGAAGCGAAAAGUUCAGGAACUUUUAUUUGGGCCAACAGCCAAGGAUCCAUCCUUUCACAGGCUUGGACAUUUUCAUCAGGCAGUUAAUACCAGGCCUUCUGCACCUUCCUGUUCCUUGGGCACCAAUCCAGUUGCUCGUGCCACUAGUACCGCAACUUUGGGCCCUUCAAAAUUCACGUACAGGUCACUCUUAGCAGACAUUAUCCAACCACAGGAUUUAAAAGAACUUUGCUCAGUGUUGGUGGUUGUGUCAAGUGAAGCUGGAAAGACACUUGCAGAAAUCAUACUCUUUUAUGCAGAACAAGAAAUUCUUGAGGAAGAUAUUCAUGACCAAAGAAAUGCAACAGAAAAGCGGGUAGAGGAUCAGACAGAAGCUUCCCUUGCCUCAUCAACUCAAAAAAGUUUGCAGAGCCAGGAGGCUAAUGUAGAUAAAAUUAUUGCCUAUGAUUGUUGCAGUGCUAACCAGGUUGAUAAAGUUGGACCUGAGGAUUCUAGCUCAGAUGGUGCUGACAUGCCAAAAGGACGGCCAAUGUCUCCCGGAACUCUGGCAUUGAUGUGUGAUGAGCAAGAUACAAUGUUUAUGGCAGCUGCUUCUCCCAAUGUGUUAACGGGCCAUGGAUGCAGUGGUACCUCACAGUUGCCCUGUGGACAGGGCAUGACUGAGAUUUAUGCAGAGCAGGAAAGAAUUGUCUUGACAAAGUUCCGGGAUUGCCUUAAUAGGCUCAUAACAUAUGGAGAAAUCAAAGAAACAAAGUGUUCAUUAUUGGCGAGGACUGAACUGGGGAAUCAAAAAGAUCAAUCAAGCAAUGGCACAAUGAAUGCCAGAGCUGAAUUGGCAAAUCAACAGGGACAUUACAGCAAUGGUAUUACAAAUCAUAUCAUUCUACCUACAUCCAGGACAUCACAGAUGGUAACUUCUAUGGUUGCCACCUCCAGUAAUGAUCUUCCAAGAGUUUCAGCCCUUCCACAACAUGGGGAUAACAAACCAAUAACUUGAGAUUGUAAAAGAGAUUUUAGCUCUAAAAGCCGGUUCAAGGGAUGCUUCUGCAUUUGGUCGAACUAGAUCAAUGUUUAUCCUUGAUGCAAUCUUAAGGGUGGCAUUGAGCCCCAUUGUGGAACUGACCCACAUGUCGUGAGAAUAUCUGCAUGUCAGUCUUUCUGCUUCAGCCACAAUUUGAGACCCUACUGGUGAAUUGCAGAGCCUUACAACAGCACAGAAUAUCAUUAAUGUUAUAACAUGGCGUUGGCAAUGACCAUCAUAGAUUGUAUCUUUAGAUACUAGGAAUUUUUGUUGUUCUACUUCCACUGUUAAAAACAAAGAGCAAAUUUGUGAUUUUUCAUCGAAUGCAAACCCAAGAGUUGAUCCAUGUUCCUCAUGACAUCCCCAGAAGCUACUCAUUACAUCCCCAGAAUACUCUCCUCUGCAGACCUGAUACCACAUGCACUGCUUGGGCUUUUCUAGCAGAAUUCUCCUGAGAAGAGCUGCACAUUGCUCUGUUUUUAAAUGUAUAUACUUGUAGAAGGGAGAAUUUUUAUGCUCCUAGUGGGAGAACAUUUUAUGGCUGCAGGUAUAUCCUGUUUGAAAAUUUGAAUUUCAGUGCUAUUUCAGCUGACUGUUGGAUGCUGUGGAGAAUGAAAUGUAAGAGCUCACUGAAAUUUUAUAAAAUAAUCCUUGCAUGAAAUUUUAUAUUUUAAUC